AUGGCGAGCGAUGCCCUCGCCCUCGCCUACCAGCCCACGUGCGAGGACUACGACUCGGACGAGAGCAGCGCCCGCGUGCUCGAGUCGCUCCGCCGCUCGCCGUCGUCGCACCCCAAUGUCGCCGCCAAACGCUCGCCCGCCGACGCGGGCGGCGAAAAAGCACCCGCGGUCCAGCAGCAGCAGCGCGUGCCCGUCAACAUCGACCUGCAGAGCGACUCUGGGUAUUCCAGCCACACUGCCGCCACCAUGAGCAGCGCUGAUUCGGCCCCAAGUUUCUCCUCGAUGCGUCCGACCAUGCCGCCCGUCGUCGUCGCCGCCCCCUUCCCCUCGCAGAGCCCGGCCAACAGGAACAGACGUCCGACGCUGGGAGACCCGCGCCAGUCCAGCAGCCAGAGCCUGCCCCGCCCCAAGGGCCUCUCGCGCAGAGACUCGCAGUCGGCCAAGCGCCCGCCCGCCCAGCGCCGUCCGACCAUCACCCAGGAGCGCAACGAGAGCCGGGACGACGACUGCACAGACCCCAACUGCACCACGUGCGGGCCCAAUGCAGCCGUGCAGCGUCGGCGUGCAGACCCCCCGCCGUCCGACUCUGCCCUUGACGUGUCGUACCCCUACGAUCCCCGCUCCCAGCGCUCGGAUACCGCCUCACCAUAUGCCUCACCGCCGUCGCCGACAUAUGCCCGCCAGCCACAAUAUGCGCAGGGAGCCGCUAUCGCCCAACCUGGCCAGACACGUCGACGCUCGUCGUCGAAUGCA